GAACCGAACCACAGAUUCGAGGUGGACAAUUUUUACGACACUAUAAUCUUUGGUACGAUUGAUGAGAAUAUCGACGGAUCCAUGUUGAAUAUAAUCCAAGAAGUUUACGCGCCGAUGUUCUUCUCUGUGUCUAACUGGCCUGACAGUGUAAAAAAUGACUUUUCUAACAAUUUGCACAUGUUUUUGGCGAAAAUCACCGACCUCCACUAUAGAUUGUAUGCGUUAACAGUGUUAUACAUUCCUCGAGAUGUUAGCGAUAUUCCACUGGAAGUGGCGAAUAGAGAUAGAGAGCUUAUAAAAAGGUUAGAAGGUCUAGUUGUGUACUGGACAAAGCAGAUUAGGGUGGGAUUGCAGGAUCAAGACCAAAACACUCCAGAGGACAUGCUUUGCCCGAAGGACGAAUAUGAGUUCUGGAAAUAUCGAAGUGAAAACUUAUUGGGUCUGAACCACCAACUGAACAACAAGACGUUAAAACACAUCUGCAACAUUUUAAUGUCGGUGCAGUCUACUUACGUCCGUCAAUUUCGUACCCUUACCGAUGACAUCUCGUCGAGCGUACGAGAAUCUCACUCCAAUAUCGAAUACCUGGGCGUGCUCGUAAAACCGUGCGAGGAAUUGGAGAAGACCUACUCCCCGAAAGACUUCCCGGAUAAAUUAUCCAAAAUUUUACAUUUGAUCAGAUACAUUUGGUUGAACAGCCCCUACUUCAACACCACGGAAAAAAUUACUGUACUCUGCAGAUCGCUAAGCAAUCAGAUUAUACUGCAGUGUAUAAACUUUAUCGACUUGGACGUGGUCUUCCAAAAUAAGGAGACCAAAAGGGCGAUUGAAAUGUUUGAGACUUGCAUCGAUUGUAUGACGAGAUAUAUUAAGACUUAUGUGUUGGUUUCCAGUAGCCAUAACGAGUAUGGCUGGAUGUCGUGGGACUUGGAUAAAGCUCCGAUUUUCAAUCACAUCGAUUCUUUCAUCCAACGCUGUAAAGACAUGAUUGAGGUGUGCGAGUCUAUGAUUGUCUUUGGAAGAUACAACGAAACGGAACAUAUCCCGAAACCUAGAUUUGGAGGAUCUCGGGGCCUAGAAUUCGAGCAGUGGGCUGAAAGGAUGGAAAAAAUGUUCAACGACAGUCUAGCCGAUAUAGAAAAGGUUAGGUUCAGGAUAUUAGACGUGCAAGAUGCGGAAUGGUACGACGAUAUCCUCAAAUUCAGAACUAGGAUGAAAGACGUGGAGGUUGUCAUCGAGAACUUGGCCAAUUCCGUCUUCGACAAUGUCGCCAACGUUGAGGAGGGAAUAGAAAGUUUGGCGGCGAUGCACAAUUAUACGCAACGGAGGACUCUAAUUUCCUUCUUUGAAAAGAAGACUUUAUUAGUCUACAAGAUGUUCAAGGAAGAAGUGCUGGAUGCUAAGCAAGACCUCCAGAAUGAAAGUGACGUAUUUCCUACGUUGAUGCCUUACUUCGCCGGCAGAGCUCAUAUGAUCAGCAUGAAGAAGAACAGACUGGAGAUAUUAAAAAAGAUGUUUGACGAGGCUGGUUGGAUGAUGCCAUGUAGUAUAGCCCACGAGGUAUUUGCCCAGUACGACAAGCUAAUAGCUUCCGUAGAUGAAAAAGUCUUAUAUUUGUACCGGAAGUGGGUAGACAGUAUCGGAGAAGACGUAAAUGCCCGCUUAAACAGACCCCUGAUGUGCAAGAGCGUAAUAAAGCCUGGGCUUCUGGAAUGCAACAUCGACAGAUCGUUACUUGAAAUCUUUCACGAGUGCAAGUAUUGGGAAACCUUAAAUUACGAAAUACCUGGAUACGUCAAAAAUAUAUACCAGAAGGCCGAUACUAUUAAAUUUGUCUACCAGUGUGUGCUUAACGUUGUUUUGGAUUACAACAAAAUCCUUACUUCUCUGUCGGACAACGAACGUUUACUGUUUAAACCGCUCAUUUUAGCUGUUGAGAAAAAGAUAUCUCCGGGAUUGACUAAAUUGACGUGGAGUACUGACGUUGGCGACGAAUACAUCGCAGAUUGCAGCAACAACACCGCCGAGCUGCAAGCCUUUGUCGACGACUAUAAAAACUGCAACCUCCAGAUAGUUUUGAUUUCCGAAAAAAUAUGCGACACUCCUUUGAUAAGUAUAAAACCGAACUAUGCUUACGACGUUGAAGAACUGGUUAACGAAUUGGCAUCCUAUAUGAAAAACGUUAUCGAUAAGAUUGUGGUGUAUUAUCAGGAAACCAUACAGUUCCUUAUUUUAGUAUUUGAAGGAUUUGAGCAGUAUAUGCAGUCGAUGGCCAAUCAAUGGAUUAAAUAUAUAAAUAAUUUCGACACUCUUAUGGAGGAAGCGCUAAAGAUAUGCUGUAAAAAUUCUCUGGAGUCUGUGUAUGAAGCUGUACACGGAGAUGGAACGACCAAUCCGACUCCGUUAUUGAAGCUUUCUGCUAAUCUGGUGAACAAUCGGAUCAUAUUUAAACCGGCCUUAGUAGAAGUAGCCUCAGUCAUUUCUAACAUUUUAAACAGUCUAGUGGAAGCGCUGACGGCUUUGCCAAGACUGAACGACAAAUUCCACGUCGCAGAGACAAAUUUCAAAUCAUACAGUCAGAUAAUCGCGGAAGACACCAACUGUCAACACAUGCAGCUGCUAUUAAAUCAAGAGGUAAGGGUGAACGUCGAGAAAAUCAAGGAAUAUAUGAGAAUAUGGGAACCGUUCCGCGAUUUGUGGGAAGUGGACAAGGACAAGUUUAUAGAGAGAUACGAGAAAGAGAACCCCAGCGCCUCGCUGUUUGACUCCAAUAUAGCGCGUUACACGGAAAUGGCCAAUAACGUGCAAAUUCAGGAGACGUUAACGGCUGUCCACUUUCUUCAAAUAAACUGCGCUGACUUGAAACAAGGCAUUAUCGAACAUUGCAUGGAAUGGCAACGGAAGCUGUGCGCCCUUUUGUUUAAGAUGACGAAACAGAACCUUCAGGAGUUGUACCACUAUAUGAAAGUUAAUAUGGAAGAGAUCAUGAAGGAGCCUCAAAAUUUAGACAGCAUGCAAUAUUCAAUAAUGUUAUUCGAGCAAUUGAAGGACGAAGUUACCGAACGAGAAGAAGAAUUUCCUUUGAUAAAAGACCAAAUAAUUACCCUCGAUAAAUAUUCCGUACCCGUACCGGAGGAGAUAAGAAACAUGGAGAGGAACAUACCAAAAGAAUGGGGGAAUUAUGUGGAUGUCCUGGCUGAGGCAGAAAAAAUGCUGGAGUAUUCAAAGGAAAGUUUUAAGACCGCACUCUUGGAACAAACGGAGCAGUCUCGGCAAGAGAGUAAAGAUUUAUUGGAAGAAUUUCUUAAAAACGGACCUUUCAAAUCGGAUGGGACCCCAAGGGAAGGAUUAGACUAUUUAAAAUCUAUAAGAGCACGAUUGCAGGCCCACAAAGCGAAGGAGGAACAAAUAAGACAGAAUUUGGGCAUUUUUGGAUUGAGUUUCCCUGAAUCGAUUGAGAUAAUAAGGCUUCAAUCGGAAAUGGCGGCCCUUGAAAUAGUCUGGCAAUUAGCGGAGGAGUGGGAUAAGAAGUGGGACAUGUACAAAUCAGGGGAAUUUUGGACUAUCGAGACCGCAGAAAUGGAGGAUACGGCACAGACUUUAUUCCGCAAAUUAACGAGACUUUCUAGAGAACUACAAGAUAAAGGGUGGUCAGUUGUUGAGGAUACGAGGCUUCGUGUGGAUGCUUUCAGAAGGACAUUACCGUUACUCGGCGAUCUAAAGAAUCCGGCGAUGAGAGCCAGGCACUGGGACAAAGUUAAAAAAAUUGUCGGUGUUAACUUUGACGAGGCCUCGCCGGCUUUCAAUUUAGAAGCGAUCAACGCCAUGGAGAUGCACAAAUACGCGGAAGAUAUCAAUGAAAUUUCUAACGCCGCCACUAUGGAGCUCCAGAUCGAGAAAGGCCUGAAAGGCAUCAUGGAUACUUGGACUGCCAUGAAGAUCGAAAUCAUUUCGUACAAGGACCUCUACAAAAUAAAGAGCGUCGACGACUGCUUCAAGGCUCUGGAGGACAAUUUGAUGCAGCUGGGCACUAUGAAAAGUACUCGUUUUGUCGAGCCUUUCGUUAAAGAAGUCGAUUAUUGGGAGAGAACCUUGUCUUAUAUUAUGGAAAGUUUGGAGGUGGCACUAACCGUUCAAAGACAGUGGUUGUAUUUGGAGAAUAUAUUCUACGGAGAAGACAUCCGUAAGCAAUUACCCAGAGAAUCGGAAGAUUUUGAUCUACUCAGCGAACAUUGGAGAGAGAUCACGAGUCGUCUGUAUCAUGCCAAGUCUGCUUUGAAAGCGACCCACUACAAGCCCACGCCUUAUUUGUUGAACAGACUGAACGUUAUGAAUGACAAACUCGACUUGUUGCAACGAGCCUUGGAAAUAUACCUGGAAACGAAACGACAGGUCUUCCCGAGGUUUUACUUCAUCUCCAACGACGACAUGUUGGAAAUCCUCGGCAAUUCCAAGAGGCCCGAGUACGUCCAGCCGCACUUGAAAAAAUUAUUCGACAACCUCAACAAGCUGAAGAUCCACAAGAACAUGGGUUUGAACAAACAGGAGGCUUUGGGGAUGUUCGCCGACGACGGAGAAUAUAUGGAGUUUGAGAAGAGCAUCGUAUUAGACGGCCCGGCGGAGUUGUGGCUUUUGUCGGUGGAGGCUUCCAUGCAGGCUAUACUGAAAUCGACGUUCAAACCCGUUAAGAGCGAAUUAAAAAAGAUGCUCAACAAACGUGACAAGUGGUUGUUGAGUAAUUGUGGACAGUUGUGUAACGCCUGCAGUUUGAUACAAUGGACCACCGACUGUACAAGAGCUCUAGUACACGCCAAAAUUAUGGAAAGCAAGAAGCCUUUGAAGCGGUUACGAAAAAAGCAAAACCAAGUUUUAAGCAAAUUGUCCGAGUUAAGUAGGAAAGACCUAACGAAACUGCAACGUCUGAAAGCAAACGCCCUCAUAACGAUCGAAAUACACUCGAGGGAUGUAAUCGAUAGACUUUAUAAAGCCAACUGCCGGGAUAUUAACGCUUUCGAGUGGUUCUCACAGCUCCGAUUUUACUGGGACAGAGACUCCGAGAUUUGUAUAAUAAAACAAACGAACACUUCAUUUAAUUACGGAUACGAGUAUAACGGAAAUUCCGGACGACUCGUCAUAACGCCCCUCACAGAUAGGUGCUACAUUACUUUAACUACAGCGCUGCAUCUUUACCGAGGCGGCAGCCCUAAAGGGCCGGCUGGUACAGGUAAAACAGAAACCGUGAAAGACCUAGGGAAAGCGAUGGGUAUGUGGGUGAUAGUAAAUAACUGUUCCGAAGGCUUGGAUUACAAGAGCAUGGGAAAAUGCUUUUCCGGGUUAGCUCAGACGGGGGCGUGGGGCUGCUUUGACGAAUUCAACAGGAUCAACAUUGAAGUGUUAUCUGUCGUCGCGCAACAGAUUCUGUGCAUACUGAUGGCUAUAUCGCAGAAAGAGAAGAGAUUCGUAUUUGAAGGUAGUGAAAUCAACUUAAGGUUGACUUGUGGAAUAUUCAUAACCAUGAAUCCUGGGUAUGCGGGUAGAACGGAACUGCCGGACAAUUUAAAAUCAAUGUUUAGACCGAUUUCGAUGAUGGUUCCAGACAGCGGCAUCAUUGCUGAAAAUGUUUUAUUCAGCGAUGGAUUUCAAAAUACUAAAUCUUUAGCCAAAAAGGUGUUCACCUUAUACCAGCUGGCGAUUCAACAACUCAGUAAACAGGACCAUUACGACUUUGGUCUUCGAUCGAUGGUUGCUUUAUUACGAUACGCCGGUAAAAAAAGAAGGAUCAUGUCCCAUCUACCCGAGGAACAAGUCGUUUAUUUAGCCAUGCGUGAUAUGAAUAUCGCAAGGUUCACUUCGGACGACCUGCCGUUAUUCAACGGUAUUAUGUCAGACAUUUUUCCUGGUGUUACUCUUCCAGUUGUCGACUAUCUCGACAUGAAUUCCGCGAUUACCGAAUUCAUGGAAGAAAAUAAUUUGCAGGCGAUUCCGAUUGCGCUUACCAAAGUAAUACAGUUAUACGAAACGAAGAGUUCAAGACAUUCCGUUAUGAUUUUGGGUAAAACGGGUACAGCUAAAACAGUAACUUGGAAAGCGCUGAAAGGAGCUUUUAAAAAGCUGAAAAAACUCGGAAGGGGCGUUUUUAACGAAGUCCAAAUUUUUCCUUUAAAUCCAAAAGCUCUAAAUCUAGGAGAGCUGUACGGGGAAUAUAACUUGGCGACAGGCGAAUGGUUGGACGGAGUUAUUAGUUCCGUAAUGCGACAAACUUGUUCAGACGAGUCGCCAGAUGAAAAGUGGAUCCUCUUCGACGGCCCCGUCGACGCAGUUUGGAUAGAGAACAUGAACAGCGUGAUGGAUGACAACAAAGUCCUUACUUUGAUUAACAGUGACCGAAUAACCAUGCCGGAGCAGGUUUCGUUGCUGUUUGAAGUGGGCGAUCUAGCCGUCGCCUCGCCUGCCACUGUAAGCAGGUGCGGUAUGGUCUAUAACGACUACAAAGAUUGGGGCUGGUUACCGUACGUCACCUCGUGGGUCAAUGGAAAGGAGAAAACCAGGGGAAAAUUAUUUAAGGAGAAGAUGAUGGAGUUGUUUACGAUUCACCUUUCGGUAGUACUUGAAUUUAAACGUCUUAAUUGUACAGAAAAUGUAGUGUGUGCUGAGCUAAACUUGGUAAUGUCGCUAUGUAAGCUCUUGGAUAUUUUUGCGACGAGAGCGUAUGGACUUAAUCCUGCUGACGAAGAGCACUUUGAGGAUUUGUUAAAAAUUUGGUUCCUAUUUUGUUUAAUUUGGUCCGUUUGUUGCACAACCGAUGAAGACGGUAGGAAAAAACUGGACACUUUCAUAAGAGAAAAAGAAGGCGUAUUUCCCAUUAAAGACACCAUUUAUGAGUACUUUGUAGACUCUCAAAACUUCUGCUUUAGUUCCUGGGACCAAAAAUUACCAUACGGAUGGAGAUAUGAGCCAGGGAGUCCGUUUUACAAGAUAAUUGUUCCAACUGUUGACACUGUCCGCUACGAUUUUGUAGUUACGGCCUUGUUGGCAUACGGCUCGCCAGUUUUACUAACAGGACCCGUAGGAACGGGAAAGACGUCUGCUGCACAGGCCGUAUUGUCAUUUUUAGACUUUAGCAAAUAUACCGUGUUGAAUAUUAACAUGUCUGCACAAACGACAUCUCAAAACAUUCAAGAUUCUAUAGAAAGUCGCGUGGAAAAGCGCACUAUGGGACAUUUUGCGCCACCCAUGGGUAAGAAGAUGAUAACGUUUUUGGAUGAUCUAAAUAUGCCAGCAAAGGAAACGUACGGGUCUCAGCCUCCUUUGGAAUUGUUGAGGCAAUGGAUGGAUUACGGUUUUUGGUACGACAGACAAAAGCAGACGAGGAAAUAUGUAGAGAAUAUGCACAUAUUGGCCGCGAUGGGCCCUCCAGGCGGAGGAAGAAACGUAAUCACGGACCGUCUCUUAAGCCGUUUCAAUGUUAUAAACAUGACUUUUCCCGACGAACCUACCAUAACCAGAAUAUUUGGGACUAUGUUGUCGCAACACUUGGCCGAGUUCGACGAGAGCGUUAAAAUUGUCGGCCGUGAAAUAACGGACAGCACCAUAGACCUGUACAAUAGGGUUAUAAAUAAAAUGUUGCCUACUCCCACGAAGAUACACUAUCUGUUUAAUUUGAGGGAUAUUUCGAAGAUAUUCCAAGGUUUGUUGCGAAGUCACAAAGAGUACCAGAGCGACAAGUCUUCCAUUCUUAAACUGUGGAUUCACGAGUGCUACAGGGUGUUCUGCGAUAGACUGAUCGAUGACAGUGAUCGAGAAUGGUUUUCGAACCAAAUGAAUGAGCAGUUGGGCGCACAUUUCGAACUGACUUUACACGGCUUGUGCCCAAACAGAGUGAUCCCGGUCUACGCCGACUUCGUAAACCCCUGGGGUAUUUACGAGGAACAUCACGAUAUCACGACUUUAAGGAAAUAUUUAGACAGCCAAAUGGAGGAGUACAAUGUGUCUCCGGGUGUGGUUAGAAUGGAUCUGGUAUUAUUCAAAGACGCUAUCGAGCACAUCUGCAGGAUUGUCAGGGUCAUUUCUCAACCCAGGGGGAAUAUGCUACUGGUAGGAAUAGGUGGCAGUGGAAGGCAAUCUUUGUCCCGAGUUGCCGCCUACAUAUGCGAAUAUAACACUUACCAGAUAUCUGUAAUGAGAAAUUAUAAAGUUCCGGAAUUUAAAGAGGAUUUAAAGAUACUCUACAGUUUAACGGGAAUCGAAGCCAAACAGACGUCGUUUUUAUUUAACGACACCCAGAUUAUGGACGAAAGUUUUCUAGAAAUAAUUAAUAAUAUGCUUAGUAGUGGGGAAGUUGCCAAUUUGUAUAAAUCCGACGAGUUUGAGGAGGUAAAAGGAAAAUUGGACAGCGCCGCUGCCAAGGCAGGUAUCAUGCGUACUAAUGAAGCGAUGUACGAGUUCCUGAUACAGCGAGUAAGGGCUAACCUGCACAUUAUCUUGUGCAUGAGCCCAAUCGGGGAUUCGUUUAGGAACAGGUUGCGACAAUACCCGGCUUUGAUAAACUGCUCCACCAUAGAUUGGUUUAGGGAAUGGCCCAAGGAAGCUCUUUUGGAAGUGGCACAUAAGUACAUUUCAAAUGUCAAUUUUGUGCAGACGAUUACUGGUGAAACCGUACGUAAGGGUGAAUCGCUGUUCUCGUCCGCCCAAGACAAAAUGGUUGAGGGCAUGUCGUUGAUAUUCGCCACCGUACACGAUUCUGUGGCAAAGUGCUCUAAAAAAAUGCUGAUGGAAAUGAAGAGACACAAUUAUGUUACGCCUACUAAUUAUCUAGAGCUUGUGGCGGGAUAUAAAGUAAUGCUGUCGGACAAAAGAGAAGAAACGGCGUCGCAGGCUAAUAAAUUACGAAACGGCCUAGGAAAAAUCGACGACUGCAAAGAAAAAGUGACUACGAUGUCUGUGGAAUUAGCGGAAGCUCAAGUAAAGGUGGCCGAGUUUCAGCAGCAGUGCGACGAUUAUCUAGUUAUUAUUGUCGCACAAAGAAAGGAAGCUGACGAACAACAGAAAGAAGUAACUAAAAAGAGCAUAAAGAUAGGCGAAGAAGAGGUGCAGUGUAAAAGAAUGGCAGACGUGGCUCAAGCGGACUUGGACGAGGCUAUGCCCGCUUUAGAGGAAGCUGUCAAAGCUCUCGAUUCGCUCAGUAAAAAAGAUAUCAGUGAAAUGAAGUCAUACGGCACGCCGCCACAGAAAGUAAAAAUGGUCAUGGAAGCUGUGAAUAUACUGAGAGGGAUCGACCCCUCUUGGGAAUCGGCAAAAAAACUAUUGGCAGAUAUAAACUUCCUUAGGGAUUUGAAGGAAUUCGACAAGAACCACAUUUCAGAUAGAACUUUGAAAAAAAUCUCGACUUAUACGACUAGCGACGAAUUUGUCCCAGAGAAAGUCGGGAUGGUGUCCUUAGCAGCGAAAUCGCUAUGCUUGUGGGUCAUCGCCAUUGAAAAAUACGCCAAAGUUUGGAAGAUCGUCGGCCCUAAGAAGGCGAAACUUGACGAAGCCUUGGAAUCCCUGAAAGAAAAACAAUUAAUGUUGGCCGAGGCGCAGUCGAAAUUAGCCGAACUGAACAUGACGCUCCAGAAACUCCAGAAAGAAUACGAGGAAAAAUUGGCACAAAAGGAGGAACUUAACAGAAAAGCGGAAUUACUGAAAUUAAAACUGGAGAGGGCGGCCACUUUGGUUGACUGCUUAUCGGGAGAACGGGACAGGUGGGACGAAACUGUCAACAUGCUGGACAAAAAAUUUGACUUCUUGCCAGGCGAUUGUUUACUAGCAACGGCUUUUGUGUCCUAUAUGGGCCCCUUCGUGUCCAGUUACAGAGAGGAAAUGAUGACGUUGUGGCAGACCGAGACGGCUAAAUUAGAGAUUAUAUACUCGUACGACUUUAAUGUCACUUACUUCCUGGCCGACCCAACGACGAUCAGAGAAUGGAAUAUACAAGGUCUUCCCGCUGACGCUUUCAGUACUGAGAACGGAAUUAUCGUAACCUACGGAUCUAGGUGGCCGUUAGUAAUAGAUCCCCAAUGUCAGGCGCAAAAGUGGAUCAAAGCCAUGGAGUCGCAGAAUAAUUUGCAAGUUAUAGAUUUGGGUAUGCCGAACUAUAUGAGCAUUGUCGAGAAAGCCGUCCAGGCGGGGUUGCCGGUACUAUUACAGAACAUUUCGGAAACUAUGGACCCUUCGUUAAAUCCCAUAUUGGGAAAAGCCGUAGUGAAGCAAGGGGGAAUGAACCUGAUCAAACUAGACGACAAAAUGGUGUCGUACCAUGACAAUUUCAAAUUUUUCAUUACCACAAAAUUAACCAACCCCCAUUAUCCCCCCGAAAUUUCUACUAAGACCACGCUGGUCAAUUUUGCCGUGAAGGAACAAGGCCUCGAGGCGCAACUUCUCGGCAUUGUUGUUAGGAAAGAAAAACCUCAGCUGGAGGAGCAGAAAGAUCAACUUGUGACUACUAUAGCGAAAGGCAAAAGGACUUUACUUGACCUGGAAAGCGAAUUAUUAAAGCUGCUAAAUGAAACCCGUGGGUCUCUAUUGGAGGAUGCGGAAUUGUUCAACACUCUGCAAACAUCCAAAGCUACCUCCGAAGCCGUCAAGAAGAGUUUGGAAGUGUCGGAGAAGACGGAAGUACAGAUUGAUAGCGCCAGAGAGGGCUAUCGACCUUGUGCCAAGAGGGCGGCCAUACUGUUCUUUGUAUUAAACGAUAUGGGCAAGAUAGAUCCCAUGUACCAAUUUGCGUUGGACUCGUACAUUCUGCUGUUUACGAACUCGAUUAAUAAGAGUCCGAAGGCGGUCCAUCUGAAUGAAAGAAUAAUAGCCCUGAACGAGUACCACACAUAUUCCGUGUACACAAACACCUGCAGGGCGUUGUUUGAGCAGCACAAGUUGCUCUUCUCGUUCCACAUGUGCAUCAAGAUACUAACGGCGCAGGGCAAAAUCGUACCGGCGGAAUAUAAUUUUCUACUUAAGGGUGGAGUCGUGUUAGACAGGGAAACCCAGAGGGAGAAUCCUUGUAUAGGUUGGUUAAAUGAAAUAGCCUGGGACAACAUAACGGAACUGGACACAUUGCAAGGCUUCCAUGGCGUAACGGACAGCUUUGAGCAAUAUUCUAGGGAUUGGUACUUAUGGUAUAUCCAUACCGAACCAGAAACGCUACCACUUAUAGGAGAAUGGGAGAGUAUAUGCAACGAGUUUCAAAGGAUGCUUUUUAUCCGAUCGCUUAGACAGGACCGUGUCUCGUUUGCCAUUUCGAACUUCAUUGUCAAUCAACUGGGUCCCCAGUUUGUCGAGCCCCCCGUUCUAGACAUCAGGGCGGUGCUGGAAGAGUCUAUACCGCAAACGCCGCUUAUAUUUGUGCUCUCGCCAGGGGUUGACCCUACCGGGGCGUUAAUGCAACUGGCCGAAAAUGUCGGAAUGAGCAAGUUCUUUAAUUCGAUCAGUUUGGGGCAGGGGCAGGCGCCCAUCGCUACCAGAUUGCUGCAGAACGGUGCCAGGGACGGGCUCUGGAUAUUUCUGGCAAAUUGUCAUUUGUCCUUAAGUUGGAUGCCGAAAUUAGACAAAAUAAUUGAGGUGAUGCAGUCGGGAAAGAUCCACCCCAACUUUAGGGUGUGGCUGAGUUCCAGUCCCAAUCCGGAAUUUCCCAUCUCCAUCCUUCAGGCGGGUAUAAAGAUGACGACGGAGCCUCCGAAAGGCCUGAAAGCUAAUUUGAAGAGGUUGUACCAGCUGAUUAGUGAAGACCAGUUCACUAGUUGUCAGUAUCCGGAAAAGUAUAAAAAACUGUUGUUUAGCUUAUGCUUUUUCCACGCCAUCCUCCUGGAGAGAAAGAAAUUCCAGCAGCUUGGGUGGAACGUGAUUUAUAGCUUCAACGAUUCCGAUUUUAUGGUAUCAGAAAAUCUACUCACCAUCUAUUUAAACGAGUACCAAUCCACCCCUUGGGAUGCGCUUAAAUAUUUAAUAGCCGGCGUGAGCUACGGGGGCCACGUGACCGACGAUUGGGACAGGCGCUUACUUACGACGUACAUCAACCAGUACUUUUGUGACGAUGCUCUUAAUAUCGUUUAUUUCAGAUUGUCUUCUCUCCCGACUUACUAUAUCCCCCGCGACGGCUCGAUUCAGUCGUACUUGGACUACAUUACGGUAUUACCGGCCGUUGACAGGCCGGAGGCGUUUGGCCAGCACCCCAACGCAGAUAUAACGAGUUUAAUAUCUGAGUCUCGCAACCUAUUCGAAACGCUGAUGUCGCUGCAGAUACAGAGCACGGCGAGCGCAGAGGCUUCCAAAGAAGAAAAAGUUGCUCAACUGGCUAGUGACGUUUUGUCAAAGUUGCCGUCGACUAUAGAUUACGAGCAAACGGACAAGCUUAUCGGUCAACAUAAGUCGCCUUUAGAUGUCGUUCUAUUGCAAGAGAUACAAAGGUAUAACACCCUUUUGAACUCUAUAAAUUUGUCUCUGGUAGACCUCCAGAAAGGUAUUAAGGGCUUGGUGGUGAUGUCUUCCGAUUUAGAAGAAAUAUUCACUUGUAUAUAUGAGGGACGAGUCCCGCCCGCGUGGUUGAAAGCGUAUCCAUCUCUGAAACUGUUGGGAUCGUGGGCGAGAGAGUUGUCCGCCAGGAUAGAGUAUUUCACGGUAUGGGCUGUAACGACACACGCUCCCCUGUUUUUCUGGCUAGCCGCGUACACUUUUCCCACGGGCUUUCUCACUGCUGUUUUACAGAUGUCUGCCCGAGCUAACGAAGUGCCCAUAGACACAUUGAGCUGGGAAUUUACGGUAUUGACAGUGGAUGAAAAUCAGAUCCAAUUAACUCCAGAUAAUGGGGUGUACGUAAAAAGUACCUACCUUGAAGGUGCCGGAUGGGACAAGAAGAAUGCAAUGCUUAUCGAACCCCAACCGAUGCAGUUGGUGUGCGCCAUGCCUUUAAUACAUUUUAAGCCCGUUGAGCAGUUGAAAAAGAAAACUAGAGGAUUAUAUUCCUGCCCCUGUUAUUAUUAUCCCGUAAGAACCGGUGCCGCUUUUCGGCCUGCUUAUGUGGUUGCAGUUGAUUUGAAAAGCGGCAUGGAAACGGCGGACUUUUGGAUAAAACGGGGAACGGCUCUGUUAUUAAGUUUAGCUAAUUAGAUUGAAAGCGUUUUUAUUGUUGUAAAAUAUUUAUUGUUAUAAUGUCAUUAAAAUAAACUAUUUAAUAUAAUAGACAUUUUGAUUCCUACUAAAAUACAAACUGUGGAGCUUUGACUUUUAGAGAUCAGUGACUCUAGCCAUCCUGCUAAAUCAUGUUUCACAAGCGUCAUUCACGAUGAAAAGUAUACAUACAGGUACGUAACGAUUUUUUUGGUGGC